AUGCACAACGAAUUGAACGAACCAAGAAAGAGAAUAGGACUGCUAAUAAACAGAAAGAAGACACAGUUCAUGAAGAACGCCUACUGCGAGGACGGAGGAGUACAACUUGAAGGCUCCCGAAUCAUGGAAACUUCGUCAUACGUAUACCUCGGACGUUCUAUGAACAUGGAAAACGACUUGAGGGAAGAACUGAAUAGAAGAAUGAGAGCAGCAUGGGCAGCAUUCGCAGCCGUCAGGGAAGCUACGGACCAACUGACGGACCAAGAUCUUCGUGCCCAUCUGUUCGACUCGACAGUUCCUCCAGCGCUCUGUUACGCAGCGGAGACGUGGACAGACACCGCUGUCACGUCUAGGAAGCUAUUUACCACCCACAGAGCUCUUGAGAGAUGCUUUCUGAAGUUUAACCGGCGCACACAACACCUAGCCGGUCUUCGCCGCUCCGACUUAAGAGGAAUGUCCCGUCAGCGGAAUAUGUAUCGAACGCAACACACAGAUUGGCCGGUCACAUCAUGA